AUGCUUCACUCAAACUAUGCUUUAUCCCCGCAGCUGGCCUCUUUUCCGGACCUCCCACCGUUUCCCGACACUGUCCCUACCGCUCCACUCCUUCGUAUCUCGCUCCAAAGAUUGCUUGAACAUGAUUGCGAGGAGGAAGAACGGUGUUGGAAAGCAUGUUGUGAUCUAGGGUUCUUUUACCUUGACCUUAGAACUAAGGAUAGCGCUGGAGAUGUCAAUGGGGAAGCGUUGUUACAGGACGCGGACCAAUUAUUCGAGGUAAUGAAAGAGUUCUUUGACCUGGAUAUUAACGAGAAGGUCAAGUAUGAUUUCGCGGACCAAGAGAGCUAUUUUGGCUAUAAAGGAUAUGGAGCAGGAAUCGUGGACUCCAAGGGUACAAGAGACAGGAAUGAGUUCUAUAACAUCUCAAAAGACGACAUCCUCGCCCUAACCCCCAAACUCCCAGCUCCGGACAUCCUCAACUCGCACUACGCCCUCUACACCUCCUACAUCAACUCGUCGCACUCCAUCUGCCGCGUCAUCCUCUCCCUCCUCUCCACCCAUCUCCCGCUCCUCCCCUCAAGUAUCCAAAACGGCGGUCUGCCCGCUCUCCACAACCUCCACUCCAUCUCCGGCGACCAAAUCCGUUUCGUAAAAGCUCCGCCUCAGAAGCAAGACCUCGCGGUGGCGCUAGGGGAACAUACCGAUUUUGGCAGCGUCACGGUCUUGUUUAAUCGCCUUGGAGGCUUGCAGGUUCGACUGCCCGAUUAUAUCGAUGCUAUACCGCCCGCUUCGACCGACAAGGCGGGAGGUCUAGAUGUGAAUAACACGCUCUGUGCGAAUGGCUGGGCAUAUGUGCGACCGCUUCCCGGACAUUGUAUUGUCAAUCUCGGAGAUGCGUUGGUAAAGUUCUCGAAUGCGAGGUUGAGGUCGAAUAUCCAUAGAGUAGUAGCGCCUCCCAAAGAGCAGGGGGGGGUGACGAGAUAUAGUCUUGUGUAUUUUUGCAGACCUGAGGAUGAUGUGAAAUUGGGGUGUUUAGUGGAAGGUGGGGAGGAGCAGGAGGAAGAGUGUGUUACAGCGAAGGAAUGGAUAUUGAGGAGGGCGUUGGGGAGGAGGAGGAUUGAUGAGUGGGAGAAGAGUGGAGGGACGGAGGGUGUUAGUAUGAGGGGUGGAAAGAAGUAA